UGCUUUAAAUGACAUAGCUAAAAAGCCGGCAUUAUAUAAUGUCAUUAUUGCAAGUAUUCGAUAAUGCCAUCGUUUGUGACUUACUUACAAUAAUAGUUUAAUAAUGUGUAUAUUAUAACAUAAUUAAAUAAAGUAUCAAUGUUCAUAAGAUUUUGGUAAAUGAGCUGAUUAAACGGAAUCGUGCCCAGGAAUUCAGCCAUAUUAGAUUCUAUCGAUUACCAACAUUGCCUUCGUUAAUUUACUAGCUCUUUUUUUACCCUUGGGCAUUUUGUCAAUUUCACCACAGUUUCUGUAUAACAGAUGUAAUCGUAUUGUAAAUGCUGCCCUAAAUCUAGCAUUGAACAUUGAAUCUGUAAAUACUUUGAAACAAGGCUAGAAGGGUACCAACGUUUCGGUGGAACAUAGUGACUCCAUCUCCAGAACUGAACCGUUAAGAUGGUUAAGACGGUGGCAGUGGGUCUGUUUUCAGGGUUAAACCCAGGAAAUGAAGGCAGUAUGUUUCCCUAUAAUGUUGCUAGUUAUCUACCCAGAAGACCACAACAUGAAUUUUAUAAUUAACUGUGACAAAGUGCCUAGUUUAUUUUGAAGCCAUUCAUCGUAUGAUAAUCAUAUUCAGUGUCCUUUUAGUCCUGAUGUUCGUAAUGUAAACAAGACAUUCAUCAUCCCCAUAGACUAGGUUUGCCUGUCAGUAUGGGAAGUGGUUCAGUAUUAUUUACAGAUUUAUAUAAUGUAUCAGGACAUUAACAAUUUAAAUUGUGAUAGGAUAUACAUUUGUAUUGCUAUUCCUUGCAGUUUAGUUGAAGUGUUAGCAGUGUUACAGAUAUAGUGUGUUGUAGAUUUUGGACAUGGCUAGACAACGUAAACCCCUUCCUGUAGAUCAUAUAAAUCCAAAAUAUUUAAAAAAGAGUCAAACACAAAGCAGGAAGGAAGGAAGAAUUUUUUUGUACUGGAAACAAGGCAUGGCAUUUAUUUGUCUUCUAAUUGCUGGAAUAAUAGCAUACAUGGGGUACUUGGAAACACGUGUUAAUACACCAUUUGAUGAACAGAAGGUGGUGAUAAAGUCUGGUCUAGAUGUUCCUGAUCGUUACUGGGGGAGUUAUCGUCCAGGUCUGUACUUUGGAAUGAAAACAAGAGAUCCUUAUUCUCUUGUCUCUGGCUUGAUGUGGUACUUCCCUCGUCAGCUGCGACCAGAUGGAGGUGGAAUAAGACAUUGGUGUGAGGAUGGAGAUAAUCUGGGUCGUUAUGGCUGGUUGGAACAUGAUGGACGAAAUUUUGGACUUCAAGAAAUAGAAGAUGGCCCAUUUAAUAUCACUGUAUCUUUUGUGAAAAGGCCUGGUGGAAACCAUGGAGGAGACUGGACUGCAAGAAUCAGUGUCACAACCCAGUACAGUCACCUGCAAGAUGAACUCAUUUCAUUUCUAUUAUAUUCAGCAACUGAAGAAAAGACUAAGGGUUGGAUUAAGCCAGAACAUUUUCAAAAUGGACUGUUUAUGGGAGUAACUGGGGAGACAGAGGGAUUGGGAGCAUUUGCUCUAAAGCUGUACAAUCAUUCUGGUCAAGUGGAAAGUGAAUCAUAUCUUAGCACAGUUACUCAGGGUCUUCAUGUGCUGAAAGAGACUGUGUUCUCAUCCCUGCGGCUGGUCACAGAUCACCAGAAGGGUAAUCGGAGACAUAUUGUUUUGCCAGGAGAAUUACUUCCAUCAUCUGGUCCUGAUGGUAAGAGAGCAGAACCAAACUUCGUGGUCACACAGGUAACAGCCCGAGUGCCAUUUGAACUCGACUUCGUGUUUGAAUCUGGAAGUUUCAUGGAUCGACCAGGAAGCCUUACUGGGGAUGCCUACACCAGAGAACUGAGCUGGCAUCGCAGUAAUUUUCACAAUAGAUUUGAAGAAACAUUCAAAUUACAAACAAAAGGGUACAACACUGAUGAAGUUGUUUUUGCCAAAACAGCUUUUAGUAACUUGCUUGGUGGUGUGGGCUAUUUCUAUGGAGCAUCAAGGGUUGAGUCACCAUACACAAGAGGUCCAGUACCAUACUGGAAAGCACCUCUGUAUUCUGCAGUUCCAUCAAGGAGUUUCUUCCCAAGAGGAUUCCUGUGGGAUGAAGGGUUUCAUGGUCUUCUGAUAUCAUCCUGGGAUCUGGAUAUAGAAUUAGACAUCAUCAGCCACUGGUUUGAUCUCAUGAAUGUAGAAGGUUGGAUUCCAAGAGAACAGAUUUUGGGGCAGGAAGCUCUAAGUAAAGUUCCAGAACAGUUUGUGACACAGAGAAACAGUAAUGCAAAUCCACCAACUUUUUUUCUGACUUUUCACUUUAUACUUCAGAAUUUUGUAGACAAGUUGACAGAAAAUGGAGGUCAUUUAGGGACUCUAGAACGACUCUACCCUCGACUUCAGGCAUGGUUUGAUUGGUUCAAUGUGACUCAGAUUGGUGACAUGUCUGGAACAUAUCGGUGGCGAGGGAGAGAUGCUACCACAAAUAGGGAAUUGAAUCCUAUAACUUUAACAUCAGGUCUAGAUGAUUAUCCACGAGCUUCUCACCCAAAUGUAGAUGAACGUCAUGUAGAUCUUCGCUGUUGGAUAGCACUGGCAGCAUCCACAAUGUCUGAAAUUGCUAGACUUCUUAACUUAAAUGGUCAGAAAUACAGCAACACAUAUGGGUAUCUAGCAGACAACAAUUUGUUGGAUGAAUUACACUGGUCUCCAAGGACCCAGGCUUACUCAGACUUUGGUCUGCAUACUGAUGCUGUUGUCCUCAAACGCCCUCCACCUCCAAGGUCUCCUCCAACAGGAUAUCAAAUGCCUCAGAAUCCUGAUAAAAUUCGUGUGGUACUGAAGGAUCCAGAAUUGCGUUUUGUUGAUUCCACCUUUGGUUAUGUAAGUCUCUUCCCUUUUCUUCUGCAAAUUUUGGAACCAGAUUCACCCAAACUUAACAAGAUAUUAGAUGACUUAAAAAGUACAGAACUGUUAUGGACAAAUUAUGGUUUACGUUCACUAGCAAAAACAGCACCAUUGUAUAUGAAGCGAAACACAGAACAUGACCCACCUUACUGGCGGGGUCCAAUCUGGAUUAACCUCAACUACAUGGUGGUCAGAGCACUCAAUCACUACAGCAAGGCAGAUGGUCCAUACAGCAAGAAAGCUAAGACAGUCUAUCAGGAACUGAGGCAAAAUUUGAUAAAGAACAUCAUCAAAGAAUAUAAAAGAACAGGGUACAUCUGGGAGCAAUAUAAUGAUAAAACAGGAGAGGGGCAAAGGUCACGACCAUUCACAGGCUGGUCAUCUUUAGUCGUUUUAAUGAUGGCUGAAAUAUAUUAAUGCAUGUAAAGCACUGUUUACAUUAUAUUUUAGCCUGCUCAGGAUAGGGUCCAGUGGCUGUGGUUCUUAUGAACAACAUGGUAAUGAUCCUCUGGGUUGCACAAAAGGCAUGGAAUUUCUUGACUCUCUGCGUAUCAGCCUUUCAAGAUGGAUCAGCUCCAUGGAAUUUGUUAAUUUUGGUGUGAAGUUGGGAUGUGCUGGGUUACUUCAAACAUUGAGUUUGGUUUCUGCUGUUAUGUGAAACAAUGAAGCAGUUUCAUUCUCCAUAAUUGUAUGUUAUUGUUGUAUUCAUCCUUCAGUUCUGUACCUCAAAACUGCCUUUAAUUGCAAACUUAUCCAAAAGUUGAUGUUUCUCUUUAGAUUCUAUAAAAUAUUGUUACAGAAAGUCUUAAAACCAAGGGUACUUAAAAUAUUGACUGAAGAGAAUAGUGAUAAUAAUUAAUAUUCUUUCUAGUGCUCAAUACUUAUGAAUAUUAAUAUACAUUAAACUUUGCAUUGGGAACAAUGUGUUGUUGUAAGGUAGUUCUUAGUACACUGAUUACAAAUGUAUCAGAGGAAAUGUUGCAAUAAGGGCUCAUUGGCUGUAAAUACCCUAAUUACUUAUGUGUUUGUAUUUAUAGAAUUGAGGCUAUAAAAUGUAGUUCAUAUUUAUAGUGAUUUAGACAUUGUUACCAAAAUCAAACUGCAUAGCACAGAAAUUUGUGUAUUGAUCAGUACCUUGAGAGUGAUUUCUAUGUUGAUUUUGUAAAGAAAAGAAGUUAACAUGUGAUGCCCCUAAGAUUGAGGGCGUCUUAGUUAUGAUGCAAUGUAGUUCUGCAGCUGGUUACUAGUAUUUCAGAAGAACAUGUCUCCAUCAUCUGCAUUCUUCCUUGUAAGUACUACUGUACAUCACUACUACACAGAGCCAUAACCAAGAAGACCACAGUCUUAAUCUUCAGCUUGUAAAAAAAUGCUAACACAUGAUAUCAGUGACUACACUACUGAAUGUGCACAUGGUCUUACAGAUAGGCUAACAAACACUGAGUUUGAAUGCAACAUAGGGUAGAAAUGUUUGUGUGAGAUUUUCAUCACUGCCAGUCACUUCAUUCAUCACCACCCCAGUCUGUGGUUUCUGCUGUGGGCUGGAUCUUAUACAGACAAAUAGCCUUAGAAAUGAUUCCCAUCCAAUAAAUUUGGCAAGAAACACCGAAAAAGGAGAAUAACACUGAAAUAUUUUGAAUAAUGCCACUAUACAUGAUGCUUGGCCUUUUCCUUUUCAUUGUGUUUAUAUUUUUGUGUCUUUUGUAGAUGUUUGUGACAUUAUUCCCCAUCUGAGAAAUAUAUUCUGCAGAGCAUUUACAGUCUGGUGUAAUAUAAUUGAAGAUGCUAUGGAUGUGUGUGGCCAGAGCAAUAUGUUAAUCCAUUUCAGUGGAGACUACUGUUACAAAAUCAAAGAAAUUUACUUUGUGUUAUUCCAUGGAUCAGUAUUAAUAGUUUUAAAUAUUUGGGUACAAACUGAAGUAGUUCACUAUCUUUCAUUGUCAUACAAAGUUAUGGGAAACAUUUCAGCAUACCAGUGUAUGAGUAUUAUACUUGACAUAGUUUAUCAGUAAGUCUAUGGCAAAACUAUGUAGAAUAUUAUUCUACACUAUUUCCAAAUCCCAUAAAUUUAUGUGCUCCAGUAUUGUAUAGUAAACAAUAAGAUGUGCAUUGGCAAUUGUAUGCAAACAUAUGACCAUCCUGUUCUAUAUUUCUUUACCUUUGGGAUUCUGUCAAUAUAAGACACGUGUAAGUACGGUUUUCAAUAAUUUUGAAAAUUUCUUGUAAUUCUCAAAGUUCUAAUAUGAGGUUCUAUUGGAUAGUUCCUGGGCUAGAUCAAAAAAGAAGUGCUGGCUUAAUUUACUCAAUUUUGGAUGCCAUCACCUUCAAAAUAGUCUCCUUGGGAAUGAUUUAUUCCAGCCGUCUUACGGU